AUGGCCAAGGGAGGCGCCCGCGGCAAGUCGUCGGCCUCGUCGGCGACCCGCAAAAAGCAGGCCGCAAAGGCAGCGAAAAAGGUCGCCCUCGAGAGGGAUGCCGACGGUAACCUCCUCCACCCCGAGGCCUACGAGGCGCUCCAGAAACCCUCGCAGCCCGCCCAGCGCGGCCAGAAGAAGGACAAGAACAAGGGCAAGGACGGCAAGGGAAAGGGCAAGGGCAAGUCGGACAGGAAAAAGCAGUUCAUACCGCCACCCAAGCCCCCCCAGCCGCUGCCCGACCCGCUCGACUCGAUGGGCCUCGCGUCGCUCCUGCCCGCCGACCUCGUCGUCCUGCUGCGCAAGGCGUCCAAAAAGGACGUCGUCACCCGAUGUCGCGCGCUCGAGGGGCUCCUCGCUUGGAUCGAGGAUGCGCUCCGUCCAAGCGCCACGGGGAUCAAAGAUGCAGAUGUCAGGCAGGCCGCUCGUGGCGACCGCGGCGACGACUCAGGGACCUCGAGCGAAGAGAAGAGAGAGGCGCUCGUCAUGAUGCUGCCGUGCUGGGUCCACCUGUUCCCGCGCCUCGCCCUCUCCCCCACACGACGCCUCCGCCUGCUCACCAGCCAGAUCCAGUCGCUCCUACUGCAAAAAGCGCCCGACGACGCCGACGCUUCUUCCUCGGCGUCGUCGUCCACCCGGACCGAACUGCUUCAGUCGCCGUCCUACGUCGAGUCCAUGUUGGGCCCCUGGGCGAUCCUCAGCUACGACAUCGACCGCUCCAUCGAACGCAUCGGGAGAGCGACGUGGAACAGCAGCGUGGCAUGGCAGCCUUCCGCCGAGCUCGGUGCCGCCGGGAGCGAGGACCGCCUCGUGCUGCCCGACUACCUCGAGCUUCUCAUCGAGCACAUUGGGCUGCUGCUCCAGUCGCCCUCGCCGUCGGCGGCCCUCGCUCUCACCUCGGCCCACGCAUCUGGCCUCACCGGGGACACGCCGAGCGCCGCAGCAUCGGGCGUCUCGACUCCUGCCCUCGCCGGUUCCAGGGACCGCGACGCCAAGAACCGCGACGACACCAACGUCGAAGAGGACACGGCCGCCCUUGACAAGCGGCUGGUGGCGGGCGCGCUGUCGGUGCUCUCCUUCAUCGUCCAGCAGCAUCCCUCGCCCAAGCCCAUCGAGGCUCUUGAGCCGCUGCUGUCUUCCAAGCUGCUCUGGUCGUCGAUGUCGCCGGCAAACCUCUUCGCCGGCCACGGCUCUGUGGCAUCCUCGUUCGGCUUCGACGCGCCAGUCGUCCGAGCCCGUGCCUGGCACCUGCUGCGAGACCUGCAUGCCGCGAUGCCCGAGGUCCUCGACCGCCACGUCGAGGUCUACGGCACGGUGGCAAUGUCGGCGGCGUGGCAGGAACGCGACACCGCAGUGCAGCGCGCCAUGCUCGAUGCCCUCUUGCCCGUCCUCAAAGCCAGACCGUCGCUCUGGAUGGUCGGGCAGGGCCAGCAACCGGCGCCGGCCCGGAAUCGGGGCGACGAGGACGAGGAUGAGAGCGGAGACGAAGAGAGCGAAGGGACCGAAGACGAGGGCGGCGAUGACGACGACGACGAGGAGGAAGGCAACGAUGAUGACUCCUCCGACGAGCAAGGAAACGGCGGCGGCGGCACCAUGUCGAGAUCGCAUUCGACUGCCACGAGCCACCCUCGCAGUUACACCGACUUCCUGCGCUGGCUGCAGACGGGCUGCGGCGGCGCACCGACGCUCGGCUACCCGACCGUCCUCGUCUUCCUGUCGACGCUGCCCACGGCCGCCUUCGAUGCGACCUCACACGACCAGAGCUCGGAGUUCCUGAACAACCUCUACUCUGCGCUCUACAGCCGCGAUCUCGACAGCGAUCCCGCCGGUUCGCGGGCGUUCCUCACGUCGUUCUGCGAGUGCACCGUCUAUCUCGCCUCGAAGGUCUUCCGUAAUGACAGCGCCGAGGAGACGCUGCGCUCGGCCGACGCGGCCAAGCUGGCUCAGCAGCACCUCGGCCUCGUCUGGCGCGAGCUCGUCCUGGCCCUCGCACCGGUGUCUGGGGAGCAAGCCGACGACGAGGCUCUGGUCGACGCCGUAUCGGAAGGCAAGGCUCGAAAGGCGAGGAUCGGGAGCAUGGGCGAUCAGCGCAUCGCUUCUGAGCUCAUCGGGGGCGUCCGAAAGCUGUACAACAUCGACCAGGAUGGCAGGGUCGGUGCGGGCAUCCUGCAGGUCUUCAGGGGCGACCUCCUCUCUGCUGCCGAGAGCGCCUCGCUGGCAUCAAUCGACCCGUCGUCUUCGGCGAGUUCGAGCGAUACGCAGCACGGCCUGACCCGGGCGAUCGGCAUCCUCGCCGGACUGCUCCUGGCGCCCGCGGUCAUGACCGAUGCGGCUCGCGCCAGCAAGGUGCGCUCGGCGGCGGCCGAGGUCAGCCAAGAGGUCCUGGCCAAGGCGGCCGCCUCCUUCAACCAGAACGCGGCGAGCGCGGCCAACGACAGCGCAGGCUCGACCGGCAAGCUCGAUGCACAGGCCUCACUGAUGGCCUCGGUCGUUCGAGCCUUGACGGCCGCCGGCGUCUCGAUCGACGACUCCACCCUCGAAGCCCUCGAAAGGGCUGCCUCGCAAUCACUGCCCCAGCUGACGAUGCAGCGCAACAUCACCCCCUCCGUUGCUUCGUCGUUCCUGGCGGCCUAUCUGCCGGUCUGCUCGGACGCCGAGGCGCAGCUGCGCACCUGGAAUGAGGUCCUCGCAUCGGUGGCCAGGCUCUCGAACGUCGCCGACCAGGUCGAGGUCCUCGGCGAGCUGAUCGCAGCCGCCGAAGCCGCGGGACCCGGGUCGGGCAUGGACCACCUCAAGCAGGCCGAGGCUUCCUCGGGCCUCGACGAGGUGGCCAUCUCGCUGACGGCCCGACUCUGCGACGCCGAAGCCGAAGCUGGAUCCGAUGCGCCGCUCUCCAAGCUCAAGGCCAGGGAUGUCGUCUGCAGGCUGAUGAUCGCGCCCAAGCCGUUCGUCGAGGUCACGGUGGCCGAGCAGAUGCUCGCAAUAGUCACUUCGACCAUCGAGCACCUGCGCUACGCGAGCAUCGACCACGCUCUCUCGGCCAGCUCGUCGGGACCCGGAUCGACGGAGCGCACGAGGGCGGCCCGGGUGCUGCCGGACCUGAUCGGAUGCCUGAAGGCUUGGGUCAGCGCAGGCAGCCGCGACGACAAGGUCCGCAAGCUGCUGGCGUCCUCGACCUCGUCCGGCGUCGUUGCCGCCGUCUUUGACCUGGCCUUUUUCUGCGCCAACCCGGCGUCGAUGGCGACUUCGGUCGAGUCGGCCUUGCAUUCGGCCGCGGCACCGUCGUUCCGCAGCACCGCCACGGCCGCGCUGGAGCUCUGGAAGCUGAUGAUCUCGAUCGCGGAUCAGCCAGCCCGGGAGCAGGUGUUGCAGGCGGGGCUGGCCAGCUCGAGCGAGCAGCUGCUGGACACCAAGGUUCCGGUUGCCUCGGUCGUCUCGGCAGCUGAGCAGAUCAGCCGGCAGCUGCCGGCGACGGCCGGCGGCGCCACAGCGGUGCUUCCGACCACCGAUGAUCUGGAUGCGAUGCUGGUCCGUUGUGCCCGCACGGAGCCGAACGCGACGCUCUCGAUCCUCGAUCCCUCGGUGCCGCAGUCUGGACCCGAGGACGAGGCAUCCGCCUCCAUCCGGGCGGACUACGAUGCAGAGGGCCUAAGCAGCUACGCAAGGACGGCUCUGGCGCUCGUCAGGCUGCUCAGGAACGACCGAGACCUGGCGCGCCAGCAGCGGCAGCGGCGGCAUCUGCACCACGCUGUCUGGCUCGCGCUGCUCGCCGAGGACGAGCUGUUGCAGCCAGGAAGCUCGAAGCAGUGCUUUGCCCCGGACGCUGUCUCCCGCCCGCUCCUGACCACAAUCUUGCAGGAGUCGGUCGGCGUGGCUACGGCCAUGCUGUCGGCCGAGGCGGAGCGCAUCGAUGCGCAGUGGCACCUCGACCUGGUGGCCACCUUGCAGAAGCGCGAGGUGUCGACGCGCGCCGGGCUUGGCCAGGUGCUCGGCACCGUUUGGUCGUUGGCGCGAGAGCAUCCCCGGAGCUCGCACCUCGCGAGGCUCUUUGGUCGGUUGCUGUCUGGCUGCCUCAGCUUCGGCUCCGUCUCGCCGCAGGAGGGGGAGAGAUGGCUCAAACUGGGUCGGUCCGUCUCUGACGGCGCUGCCGGCCUCGCACAGGCGACGAUCAUCGCCGUCAAGCCCUAUGUGCAGGAGACGCAGGCCUACGAUCGGCUGCGAAACGAGCUCGCCGCCAACCUGGCGGGCGUGCCCGCGUCCAAGGCCAACGACCAGGGUCUCGCUCUGCUCCGCCUGCUCGUCGGAGCGGCCCCUGGCGACGAUGCGGACGCGCCGCUCAUCCCGCAGCAGAGGGCCAUCUUCCUGCUGCAGACGCUGCAAAAGUGGAUCGCGAGCGACGAGGACAUCGACGAGGAGAUCAACGUCCGCCUCGCCCAGAUCUUUGUCGCCCUGAUCCCGAUCGUGCAGGAUGUGGCGGGCAGCCACGUCGAUUUCUUCUUCGACCUUGUCGAGUCCAACCUCGACGUCGCCGCCCUCGCCGACGAGGCCAGCCUGCCGGGUCUCUACUUUUCGCUGCGGCUGCUCGAGACGCUGCGGGACUUUGCGCUGCGCAACUCGAGCCUGCGCGGCAUCUGGAAGGAGCGCAAGGAGGCAUGCCUCGACCUGGUCCGCGAUCUCUUUGUCUCGCUCGCCGACGACGUCAAGACGGAGGGCGGCGCGCCGCCUCGCUCGUCGACGCCCAAGGAGGCGUGCGCCGAGCUGAUUGUCGAUCUGGUCCGCGAGGUGCCCAGCAAGAGCUUCGACCUCGACGUCACAUCGGCGCCGCUCUGCAAGCUCAUGACGCACAGCGCGGUGCACGACGUGCAGGUGGUCAGCUACCGCCUCCUGAGCGCGUCGAUCAAGGACAGGGUCAAGGGGCUCGUCGUCGAAGCCGCAGUCGACAAGGGCCUCCUCUCGGACGCCGAGCAGCGGCAGAAGCUUUCCUUCCCGGCGGCGCUGCUCGACAACGUGGCCGACUCGCUGGACGCGCAGCUCGGGCUGCUCGUCGACGAGGAGGAUGCGCGCCGGGCGUCGUUUGGCUACUUUCUCUCGUGGAUCGCCAUCUUUGACCACUUUGAGGACGCCUCGCUGCAGCUCAAGGCGCUGUUUGUCGCCGAGCUCGAGAAGCGCGCGCUGGUGUCGGACAGCCUGCUCCCCUCGGUGUUUGCGUUGGCGGGCCUGCUCAACGAGGAGCGACGUCCGUUUGACCCGGCGCGCUGGGUCGUCGACGAGGUCUACCUCGACGAGAUCGACCCGUCGCCACUGGCCGUGGUGCAGGUCCUGGCGGCGCACGUCUACUUCCGUGCGCUGAUCCACAUCCCGACGCUGAUCCGCAACUGGUACCUCGACAUCAAGGACCGGCAGUUCUCGAUGCUCGUCUCGUCGUUCACGACGCGCCACUGCACGCCGCUGAUUGCGGCGCGCGAGCUGUCGCACCUGCGCGAGCCCGACGCGCUGUCGCGGCUGCAGGACGAGGCCAUGGCCAUCAAGGUGCUCUCGACCAACGAGGUCGUCGCCACGUACACGGUCGACGAGCACCCCAUGGAGAUUGGCGUGCGCAUCCCGCCCGACUUUCCGCUGCACGGCGUCGAGAUCCGCGACAUCCGCCGCGUCGGCGUCAGCGAGGCCCAGUGGCGCGCGUGGCUCCUCGCCGUCCAGCAGCUCAUUACGGGCCAGAACGGCCUCAUCUUUGACGCCCUCAGCCUCUUUAAGCGCAACGCCGAGGUCCAGUUCGAGGGGCUCGAGGAAUGCGCCAUCUGCUACUCGAUCAUCAGCCCCAUGGACCGCUCGCUCCCCACCAAGCCGUGCAAGACGUGCAAGAACAAGUUCCACGCCGGCUGCCUCUUCAAGUGGAUCAGCACCAGCGGCAGCUCAACGUGCCCGCUCUGCCGAAGCAUCCUCUGA